AUGGAACGCGAGCGGAGGGGGCGGGGCACUCCCGUGCGGAGUUCGCUGCCCGGGAAUCACAACCUCUCCUCACUGCUGCGCGACCUCAGCCCCGGAAAGACUGGUACCAGCGCCAUCGGCAGCCUCAGCAGCCGCGUCGGCGGCGCACUAUCACCACCGGUGAAGCGCCAGCGAAUCGAAGCCACAGCGGGCCAGUCCCUGGGCGGCGGCUACGUCUUUGGCAAGGCCUCAACCACUACGACCACUUCAACUACCACGACCACGACCACGACCACGACCACCACCCGGACACCCGCCGUCACGCUCAAGCGGAUGGUGGGCAACGCCAUGGCCGGUCGUGGCAUCACCCCGGCCGAGCGCUCCGCCGUACCGUUUGGCGGGGCCAGUGGUGGUGGAGGCGGCGGCGGCAAGUGCUUCAAGUGCAACAACACGGGGCAUUGGGCGGCCCAGUGCCCGGGCUCGGCGACCCCGGGCGCUGGCGGCACCGCCACCCGAGGCGUGGCGACCCUGGCCGGAAGCCGCGGCGGCCGCGGAGGGUUCGGCCGAGGCCGAGGCCGAACUGGCGGUGGCGGGCCGGGAGCGUUUGCGAGAGGGCCGCCAUCGAUGGGAGGUGGUUCGGCGGGCGGGGCGACGCCCCGCGGAGCGCCGCCGUCAGUCGAGUCGCUGAUGGCCAAGGUGGGCGCCAAACUGAGCCCCGACCAAGCGCGCGGCCUGGCGCUCGCGCUCCGGGGCAAUUCCCUCUUCUUCACCGGUAGCGCAGGAACGGGCAAGUCACUGUUGUUGCGAGAGAUGGUGCGACUCCUGCGCGAGAUUCAUGGCGACGACGCCGUCCACGUGACGGCCUCCACAGGCCUGGCUGCCUGCAACAUCGGUGGCUGCACGUUGCAUUCGUACGCCGGGGUGGGGCUGGGCGAGCAGAGCCAGGAGGUGCUCGUCACCAAAGUCCUGUCCACCAAGCGCUCCCGCGACCGCUGGGUGAGCACCAAAGUGCUCAUCAUCGAUGAAGUGAGCAUGCUGGAGGGUACGCUCUUUGACAAGCUCGAGUAUGUGGCCCGAAAGGUGCGGAACUACGACGCUCCCUUCGGCGGCAUCCAGCUCAUCCUCUCUGGCGACUUCCUCCAGACCAAGUUCUUCUGCUUUGAGUCGGCGGCGUGGAAGAAGGUGGUGCGGGAGGUGAUCGUGCUCACCCACGUCUUCCGCCAAUCGGACAACGCCUUCGUCGCCCUCCUCAACGAUCUCAGAGUGGGCAAGGUCACUGAAGAGGGCCGGAGCAUGCUGGCCCGCUGCAUGAUCCCCUAUCACGACCGCGCGCGUUCGAUACACCGCGGCGAUGAUCGGAUUCAGGCCACCUUGCUCUACCCGCACCGAAGAGACGUGGACGGCGAGAACACCAAGCGACUGGCCGAGCUCGCCGGCACAUCGAGGGUGUAUCGGGCGGUGGACAGCGGGGUGGAGCCCUACCGCUCGAUGCUGGCGCGCAACUGCUCCGCGCCCGACGUGCUCGAGCUCAAGCUCAACGCCCAGGUCAUCCUGCUCAAGAACCUCGACUCUGCGCUCGAGCUCGUGAAUGGGGCGCGAGGGGUAGUGGUCGAUUUCAAGAAGCCGGUCAAGCAGGACAACAAGGAGGAGAGCUACGACGAGUCCAAGGAGUACCCGGAGGUGCUCUUCACCUCGGGCGUCCGCCGCCUCAUCACCCCCGAGGAAUGGAACAUCGGAGUGGCGGGCGAGCCGCAGGCGUGGCGAGUGCAGUGCCCGCUGGCGCUGGCGUGGGCUCUCUCCAUCCACAAGGCGCAAGGUAUGAGCAUCAGCAAGGUGCAGAUGGAUCUGGGCAAAGUCUGGGAAUACGGCCAGGGCUAUGUGGCGCUGUCGCGGGCGACGAGUCUGGAUGGCCUCUACAUCAUGGACCUCAACGAAAAGGGCAUCACGGCGCACCCCAAAGUGCUCCAAUUCUACGCCGACAUGGAAGCGCAGCAGCAGCAGGAGCGCGACGAGGGCCGACGCGUGUGA